UGCUCGGAGCUAGUUUUGGAACGCUCCAUGAAAUAUUUUCAUGGACGGUAAAUGCAACCCUGGGUGCAUCAUUAAUGAGCUGAAAAACCAAAACAAAUAAUUAAAUAAGUGCGCCCGUCUAAAAGUUUCGGAACAAAUUGUGGAUUAAAGCCUUUCGAAAGUGAUAAAUAACGUAAAAAGGAAGAUGCCGAAAUGGUGUGUAUCCAGAUGUCCAGAACAAGGAUCCUUGUAUAAGUUUCCAUCGGAGGGAGAAAUGCCAAGCCAUCGACUGACUAACUGAUUGGAUAUGUAAAGUGAUCAACGUGAAAUUUGACGGAACAUGGAAUUCGUGGAUUUAUUAAGAAUUACAUUAUUACUUCCUUAUAUAUUUUGUAAAUUGUGAAAGUAUUUUCGUAUCUUUAGGAAUAAUCGAUCAAAAUGGUUGUAUUUUCUGUAAUUUUUUCUCUGGUUAGUUAAUAAUAAAAACCAUUGAAAUUCUUAAAUAAUUUUCGACGCAUUUUGGAGGAAGGAUAACGAGGAAAAGAAAAAAGUUUGGCGUUUGAAGUGGAUGAGGCUUCUGGGAGUGUCAACAAGUACCGAAGCCAAGGAGCUGUAUGCAUGCCAGAGGCACUUUUCCCCGAGAUAUCGGAACCUUCGUAAACUGUCUAAGGGUGCUAUCCCUGAUUUAAAUUUGCAUGCACCCACAGUAGGUGUAGAUUCAGGUAGAUUAGAAGGACAGGCAGAUAUAAGCGAGCAAAUUAUUUAUUUAGGUUCAGAGGAUUUUAUAACAGUAGAAGGGCAUUGCUUUUCGAUCGAUGAUGAGAUUGAAUUGGAGGUUCCCUUAGAGGAGACUCUUCAACCCUUUCCAAUUGAACAUCCAACUUGUUCCUCUUUAGGCAAGCACAAUGAAUCGCAAUUAGGGGUACGCAACCAAGAAACGCAAACUGAAGAUUAUCUUAGUGAAGAGUCUCCUAGAAAAAGAAAAUAUCGGGAAGAAUUAGAUGAAGCUAAAGUUGAAAUAGAAGGUUUAAAAAAGGUUAUAUUAGAUAAAGAGGAGGAGAUAAGAAAUUUGAAAAGCCAAAGCUUACCUGUCCUGCGGCAGGUUCGCAACUGUCAAAUCGAUGCAGUAUGCAGUAAAAUGCCUCCACAUCUCGCAGCGUGUGUGAGAGGUUGCAUAAAUAAUGAUGGCCGGCAUCCAAAUGGACGGCGGUUUGACAGAGGGUUGAAAACAAUAGCGUUAGGAGUUAGAUUUACUUCCCCGUUAGCAUAUAGGUACUUGCGACCCCUUUUCCACUGGCCUUCCUCAACAACUCUCUCUAACUUUAUUAAAGGUUGGCCAAGAAACCCUGGCUGCUCUACUAGCAGCAUCAAAUCCCUGGAGUUGCGAAGCCGAGGAUUCACUAGAGAGCAAAAAUUCAUUUCUUUAUGCUGUGAUGAAAUGUCACUAAAAAUCCAUUUGAAAUAUGAUAAGAAUAGGGAUUUAAUAGUAGGUUUAGAAGAUUAUGGUGAUGAAAAUCGCACCUCUAGGACAGCUAAUAGUGUUUUAUGCAUGAUGGCCCAAGGCAUUGGCGGUCUUCGCUGGUCUCAGCCAGUCGCCUACUUUUUUGUUCACAACUCAUGUAAGGGGGAUGUUUUAAAGAAAUAUGUUUUUGAAGUUAUAGGCCAACUCCAGGGCAUUGGUCUUAAAGUCUGCCAAUUUGUUUCAGACUAGGGAACCAAUUUCGUUAACUUCGCCCGUAUCGUAGGAAUUACAGAAAAUAGGUCGUAUUUUGAAGUUAACGGUGAAGAAAUUGUAUUUUUCUACGAUUCUCCUCAUCUUCUGAAGAGCACACGAAACUGUAUUCAAAGUAAAAAAAACAAUGUUAGUUUUCGCGGACAUCCUGUCAAAUGAACAGACAUUCUGCAUUUUCAUCAACAGGAUUCCCAUCGCGGUAUACGAUGUGCGCCUAAAUUGACAACGGCACAUCUUAGUCCCACAUCUUUUGAAAAAAUGAGUGUUCGUCUAGCUGCUCAAGUGCUGAGCAAUACGGUUGCUAGUGGAAUGCUAUCUUUAUAUAGUACCGGAAACCUUAAUACUUCUCAAUCUGCAAGCUUCAUAAAUACUGCCGAAUUCGCUCUUUUUUUCGACCAACUCUUUAAUAUCUUUAAUACUAAAGCGAUUGGGGCCCUAAGAAAACAUGGCCAACCUUAUUCAGGAACCACAGACCAACUAGAAUUUUUGAUCGAAGCCCAAAGAACCCUUUAUUCAAUAGUUGUUCAUGACAUUGUCGGACGAGAUAUCACGAACACUUUUUCCUUUAUCAAAGGUUGGCUUAUCAACAUCCAAAGCUUGAGACGAUUGUGGCGUACUUUGUCAGAGGAAGGUUUCGAACAUAUACUAACCAGAAGACUUUGCCAGGACGAAAUCGAACGUUAUUUUGGGCAGAUUAGAAGGGGGGGGAGGAUUAAAUCCGAGAACAACUCCGUCCAUGUUCUCCGAUCUUUUCAGGCAAUCCUGGGGCCUCAGACAUGUAAACUUUGUCACAAGUGGAAAUUGUGAACCUUUGCCUAGCGCUGAGUGGGAGUUUUUUUCGUUUAGCACUCUCGAAAGAGUAUGUACUGAUCCUCUGGUUCAAGAUACUUCUUGACAAACUUUUCAAAGCUUGCCUAGACCCCAAGCGUAUCAAGAUAUAAGAAGCAUUAUUGAUGUCGAUGUAGUUGAAAGCAAUUUUCUUCAAAGGAAUUCUUUUGCGUAUUUUUGCGGGUACAUUUACUACGAAUAUUUUAAAUUACAUAACUGUUUGGAGCCCCUACCACGGUUUGAGGAAGGUGAAAUUCCGGAAGACGCGUUUACCUUUACUAAAGAGAAGGAGUAUGAUAGAUAAAAUUUAGUAAAAGCUCCUUCUGGAUUCAUAGUUUCUUGCAAAACUUGAUAAAUCAAUAAACGAAAAUUUCGAUGCCUGUUGCCAUUUGAUAGGUUUUUCUAAAGCUUUGUUUGACAAAAUGCAUGACAUAGAACCCUUUUAUUGUUGUAGUAAUUCUCAACCUAAUGUGCUCAUACAUCUUUUCAUUAGAAUAAGAACAUA